CCGUGCAACACCAUUGACCUCACUUUGCUCUUACAAGUACACAGUACUGUAGUCAACCAAACUGGUCACUUACGCUAUUUACAACAAAGAAUCUUCACACAGACAGCGGCCAUGUUCGUUGCUCGCAGCCUCGCAAGGGCAAAGCCCCAGUCUGCAGCUCGCCGUCUGCUUGCAUCUCCCUCCUCAUGCCCAGCUGCCUUCCACUCCUCGGCGCCCGUCUUCGUCAGCGUGGGCGACCGCAUCCCCAAUGUAGAGCUCAUGGAGAACUCGCCCGGCAACAAAGUACGCAUUGCCGACGAGCUCAGCAAGGGCAAGAGCCUCAUCAUUGGCGUUCCCGCCGCCUUCUCCCCCAGUUGCUCCGAGAGCCACAUCCCCGGCUACAUUGAUUCGGCCACGCUCAAGGAUGCAGGCAAAGUCUUUGUUGUAGCUGUCAAUGACGCUUUCGUUACGAAAGCCUGGGCCAAGUCUCUAGACCCCUCUGGAUCCAGCGGCAUUCGCUUCCUCGCCGACCCCAAGCUGGAAUUCACCAAUGCCCUUGACCUCGCCUUCGACGGCACGGCCAUCUUUGGAGGUCCCAGGAGCAAGCGUUACGCCCUCGUCGUCGAGGAUGGUGUUGUCAAGGAAGCUCAUGUCGAGCCUGACAACACCGGCUUAAGUGUGUCCGCCGCUGCCAAAGUAUUGAAGUGAGGCAAAGUCAGGAUUUCAUAGACUAUGAGGAGUCUCUUGCCAUACUACUCACUGGCAAGUGGAGACCUAGUGGACUGGUUAGGUGAGUAGACGAGAGGGAAUUUCGCCCAAGCGUGAACUACCCUGUUGAAAACCUUGGGCACAUGCAGGUGGUCAAUUUCACCUUAGCUUCAUAGGAAUGGAAAUAUCACGUGAUGCAUUCAUUCACGGUCGCGUGUGGAGUUGUUUUCUCUUGGCCUCACUCACCUAAUAUCAUGGGG